AAGUUUCCGUCGGUGCCGGUCGCUGCCGCCUCCCGGUCGCGGCGGCCCCGCGGCGCUCGGUGUGUGUGCGAGCGGCGUCGCCUCGCUCCCCGCUUCCCUCCCUCCCGCCCGGCGUAUGGCGUGGGGCCGCCGGCGGCCGUGAGCGCCGGGCCAUGGACAUGUCGGACCCGAACCUGUGGACGGUGCUCUCCAACUUCACGCUGCCGCACCUGCGGAGCGGCUCCCGCCUGCGCCGCACGCAGAGUUGUAGAACAAGCAACAGGAAGAGUUUGAUGGGCAAUGGCCAGUCUCCAGCUCUGCCUCGGCCUCAUUCACCUCUCUCAGCUCACACAGGAAACAGUCCUCAAGAUAGCCCUAGGAAUUUCUCUCCCAGUGCCUCAGCCCACUUUUCUUUUGCACGAAGGACUGAUGGUCGCCGCUGGUCUUUGGCCUCCCUUCCUUCUUCUGGCUAUGGUACAAACACACCCAGCUCAACUGUUUCUUCAUCCUGUUCGUCCCAAGAAAAGCUGCACCAGUUACCAUACCAACCAACACCUGAUGAACUACAUUUUCUAUCUAAACAUUUCUGUACCACUGAAAGCAUUGCGAGUGAUAACAGGUGCAGGACCACUGCAAUGCGUCCGCGCUCCAGAAGUCUCAGCCCUGGACGUUCUCCUGCCUGCUGUGACAAUGAAAUAAUUAUGAUGAACCAUGUCUACAAAGAAAGGUUCCCAAAGGCCACAGCUCAGAUGGAGGAAAGGCUUCAGGACAUUAUAACAAAUCAUUCUCCAGAAAACGUCCUUCCCCUGGCAGACGGAGUGCUCAGUUUUACCCACCAUCAGAUCACAGAACUGGCUCGAGAUUGUUUGGAUAAAUCCCACCAGGGCCUCAUCACAUCACGAUACUUCCUUGAAUUACAGCAGAAAUUAGACAAAUUGCUACAGGAGGCACAGGAGCGAUCGGAGAGUGGAGAACUGGCAUAUAUUAAGCAACUGGUCCGAAAAAUCCUAAUAGUUAUCGCUCGUCCUGCUCGUUUACUGGAAUGCCUGGAAUUUGAUCCCGAAGAGUUUUACUAUCUUUUGGAAGCAGCUGAGGGCCAUGCUAAAGAAGGGCAAGGCAUUAAAACAGACAUCCCUCGAUACAUUAUUAGUCAGCUGGGCUUAAAUAAAGAUCCUCUGGAAGAAAUAGCUCAGCUAGCUAACUGUGACAGUGGGACAGCAGAAACUCUGGAAAUGGAUGAAUCAAUAAGUACCUCUAAUACCUCACUGCAGCUCCGGAGGAAACCUCGGGAAAGUGAUUUUGAAACAAUUAAACUGAUCAGUAAUGGAGCUUAUGGUGCGGUUUAUUUUGUGAGACAUAAAGAAACCAGACAAAGAUUUGCCAUGAAGAAAAUUAAUAAACAAAAUCUCAUCCUUCGAAACCAGAUCCAACAGGCUUUUGUUGAGCGCGAUAUCCUGACAUUUGCAGAAAAUCCUUUUGUUGUCAGCAUGUAUUGCUCCUUUGAAACAAGACGUCAUUUAUGUAUGGUCAUGGAAUAUGUAGAAGGUGGAGACUGUGCUACUUUGAUGAAGAAUAUGGGUCCCUUACCUGUAGACAUGGCAAGGAUGUACUUUGCAGAGACUGUUCUGGCUUUGGAAUACCUUCAUAAUUAUGGAAUUGUACACAGGGAUUUGAAGCCAGACAAUUUAUUGGUAACGUCCAUGGGCCAUAUAAAGCUUACAGACUUUGGUCUAUCAAAGGUGGGGCUAAUGAGUUUGACUACCAAUCUGUAUGAGGGUCACAUUGAGAAGGAUGCCAGAGAAUUCCUUGAUAAACAAGUCUGUGGUACACCUGAAUACAUAGCUCCUGAAGUAAUACUGAGACAGGGUUAUGGAAAACCAGUGGACUGGUGGGCUAUGGGGAUUAUUCUUUAUGAAUUUCUUGUUGGGUGUGUGCCAUUCUUUGGAGAUACACCAGAAGAGCUGUUUGGACAAGUAAUCAGUGAUGAAAUCAACUGGCCUGAAAAGGAUGAAGCACCACCUCCAGAUGCUCAGGAUCUCAUUACCCUGCUGCUCAGGCAGAAUCCUUUGGAAAGACUGGGAACAGGUGGUGCAUAUGAAGUAAAGCAGCAUCAGUUCUUCAGGAGCCUUGACUGGAAUAGUCUGCUGAGGCAGAAAGCAGAAUUUAUUCCACAGUUGGAGUCUGAAGAUGACACAAGUUAUUUUGAUACUCGUUCUGAAAAAUACCACCAUAUGGAAACUGAGGAAGAAGAUGAUACAAAUGAUGAAGAUUUUAAUUUGGAGAUAAGACAGUUUUCUUCAUGUUCACACAGAUUUUCUAAAGUUUUUAGUAGCAUAGACCGAGUCACUCAAACACAAGGUGAAGAAAAGGAAGAUACAGGAGACAAAACAAAGAGUGUAACAUUGCCUUCAGUGGAAUCUUUAAGCUGGAGUUCAGAAUAUUCUGAAAUACAACAAAUAUCUACAUCCACCUCCUCGGACACUGAGAGUAGCAGGCAGCGACAUAGUUCUGGUUUACUGCCAAAGCUGGCCAUAUCAGCUGAAGGAGAACAGGAUGAUUCUACCUGCUUAGUGAGGCCCCGGGAAGAACAGGAAAAGCCUCCAUUAGUGAGCGAGGAAACAGUGCAAGAUGAACCUGAAGUAACCACUCCAGCAAGUACCAUCAGCAGCUCCACACUAUCAGUUGGUAGUUUUUCAGAACACUUAGAUCAGAUAAAUGGAAGAAGUGAGAGUGUGGACAGCACAGAUAACUCCUCAAAACAACCCAGUGAAGUUGCAUCUCAUGUGGCUCGUCAGCGAUUAGAAAGCACAGAGAAAAAGAAGAUCUCUGGAAAAGUCACGAAGUCCCUUUCUGCAAGUGCUUUGUCCCUCAUGAUUCCAGGAGAUGUGUUUGGUGUUUCUCCUCUGGGAAGUCCUAUGUCACCUCAUUCACUAUCAUCUGAUCCUUCAUCCUCCCGUGACUCCUCUCCCAGUCGUGAUUCUUCAAUUGCUGCUUCAAGUCCUCAUCAGCCAAUAGUAAUUCACAGUUCAGGAAAAAAGUAUGGCUUCACCAUCCGAGCGAUCAGGGUUUACGUGGGUGACAGUGAUAUCUACACUGUGCACCAUAUUGUUUGGAAUGUGGAAGAAGGAGGUGCAGCACACCAGGCUGGUUUAAAAGCUGGGGACCUGAUUACCCAUAUCAAUGGAGAACCAGUGCAUGGUCUUGUUCAUACAGAAGUCAUUGAGUUGUUGUUAAAGAGUGGCAACAAAGUGUCAAUUAUGACAACCCCAUUUGAAAACACUUCCAUCAAGACAGGACCUGCCAGGAGAAACAGCUACAGAAGCAGAAUGGUUAGGCGCAGUAAGAAAACCAAGAAAAAAGAGAGUUUAGAGAGGAGAAGAUCUCUAUUUAAAAAGUUGGCCAAGCAACCCUCACCCCUUCUUCACACCAGCAGAAGUUUCUCCUGCCUGAACCGAUCACUUUCAUCAGGGGAGAGCUUGCCUGGGUCUCCAACCCACAGCUUGUCUCCGAGGUCACCUACCCCAAGUUACCGCUCCACUCCUGAUUUUCCAUCUGGUACUAAUUCUUCCCAGAGUAGUUCCCCUAGUUCAAGUGCUCCCAAUUCUCCAGCUGGCUCAGGACACAUAAGACCCAGCACUCUUCAUGGCUUGGGUCCAAAGCUUGGUGGGCAAAGAUACAGAUCUGGAAGACGCAAAUCAGCUGGCAGCAUCCCUCUCUCUCCUCUGGCACGGACACCUUCUCCAACACCCCAGCCCACAUCCCCUCAGCGAUCUCCAUCACCAUUGCUAGGACAUUCACUUGGAAAUACAAAAAUAGCUCAGUCUUUUCCUAGCAAAAUGCACUCCCCUCCAACUAUUGUAAGGCAUAUUGUUAGGCCAAAGAGUGCAGAGCCACCACGAUCUCCACUCUUAAAGAGAGUCCAAUCUGAAGAGAAACUUGCACCCUCUUAUGCCAGUGAUAAGAAACACUUAUGUUCACGAAAACACAGUCUGGAGGUGACCCAGGAAGAAGUGAAUAGAGAAUUGUCCCAGAGGGAAGUAACUCUUCAGAGUUUGGAGGAGAAUGUAUCAGAUGUGCCGUCACUCACAAGAGUCAGGCCUGUAGAACAGGGCUGCUUGAAACGUCCCAUUUCUCGUAAAUUAGGUAGGCAAGAAUCCAUCGAUGAGCUAGACAGAGAGAAGCUGAAGGUCAAGAUAGUUAUGAAAAAGCAAGAUUUUGCUGAAAAAGCAAAUGCUGCUCUACAUGAACAUAGCAGCGAACCAGAAAAUCCCAAUACCUUAAGAUUGGAAGAAAGAGACAAAAAAGCAUUCCAGAAGGUAUUAGAAAGAUCAAAUCAGUUUGAAACAAAAAUCGUUGCUUUGGAGACCCAGUCAGCUGGUGGCAUACUCAAAGACACCCUUCAAAAGAAUGCAAACUUGAGAUCAAAUGAGUGCAUUGCUUUAGAAGCACAGACGUUGUGUCAUGGGCCUCCGCUUAGUGAAUUCAGUCACCUUUCCUGUGACUUCAAAAGAACUUCCCCUCCAUGUACACUGCAGGAUGUACCAUCGCAGUCCUCUGACAGGAUGUUUAAUGGAAAGGGAGAAAACACGGAUAAAAAUGUACCAACAAAAGAAUUUGUCAAAUAUGAAAGAUUAGAUGGCAAACUUGCAAAUAUUGAUUAUCUUAGAAAGAAACUGUCCUUUGAAGAAAAAGAUGAGAGUGUCUGUCCAGUGCUAAAACCCAAGCUGACAACAAAUGUUCACGAAUGCCUUCAACUUAACACAGUCAGACCCAUAAGCAUACAGCAGGAUUCCACUACAGUUGCUGAGGGUAGAGCAUUCAUCAACAGUGCACAUGCUGCUCAGAUUAAUUCCGUUUCUUUUGUUCCCCUCAAAACCUUGAAUGGCCGAGCAGAAACGGGUGUGGAAAAAUCAGCUGUGAUUUCCACGGAGUCACCUGUCAGAAAAAGUCCAUCAGAAUAUAAACUUGAUGGGAGGUCUGUUUCCUGCCUGAAACCAAUAGAAGGCACACUAGACAUUGCCUUACUUUCUGGACCACAGGCUUCGAAGACCGAGUUGCCUGUGUGUGUACUGCCAGAAGGACAGAGUGCCAGCAGUGAUGCGGGAUCUUCUAAACCUGCAGCACCACAAGAGGGUGGUGGAAAGGCAGAACUGGCCUGUCAGAAAGAGCAGUUGUUAAGCUAUUCAAAAUCUAGCAAAAUUAACAUAUCAGAACCUCAGGUUCUGCAAAUAAGCAAGAGUUCUCCAAAUCCACCAGUGAUGCCUGUGGCUGCAGAAGUAGUGACAGAGAAAAAGGCUCCUAGUCCAGCUGCUAAAAUCAGUGUUUCUGUUGAAGCUGUUCAAAAGAAAGACACCUCUCCUUCAAAACAGAAGGACAGUUCAGUGGAGGCAAAGUCCAGCACUAUUCAGAGUCAGAGUGUUAAAACUACCCAAACAUACUGCAAACUUUCUACUGUUCAGAGCACUCCUGAAAAAGCUCUAGGCAAAGAGAAGCAAGGGCAAAAGGAGUUGCCUGCCAGACAGCCAAUAACCCAAAGAAAUUGUGAACCUACCCCUGCAAAGGUGGAGGUGAUCAGGGAGUCAUCUCUGAAGGUAUCUGUCUCAGAUGUUCUGACAACAAGCUACUCCAGAAGCAAUGAAAAAAAAUCUGCUGAUUUUGCCAUUCCAUCUCAGAUACAAGGAAAAAUGCAAGCAGCUGGUCCCAAGGCACAACCUAAGGAUAGCAAAGAUGCUCUAAAACAGUUAAACAAAGAAGACACUGUUGUUGCUAGUUUUGUAGAAAGGGAUAUAACCAAGCAGAAAGUUCUCAGUGAGUCUAAGAAAGUUACUAUAGAGUUAAAGAAUGAAACUCCUCCAUCCAAACGACCCUCAAUGGAUUGUGAUCCUAAAAAUGAGAAGUCUAUACUGCUGUCCUCUGUGCAGAAGGACAACACCAAAGAUUUGGGAAAGAAAGAUCAGAAACAGGUCCCUGACAUAAGGCUACAGACCACUGAGAGAACGCAGUCCAGCCAAGUUGCUCAGCAACAACUUACUGCUCUGGUCUCCCCUGCUGCGAGAGAUGCUGUAAGCAGAAACUGUGCUGUAGAUGUUCAUGUAGGUAUUCAAGAACACGUGAAGCCUGCUGCCACCUGUGUGGAAAGCAGCAGUAAUAAGCUCAGGCCUGCUUCUGAUGUGACUUCCUCUAGGUCUAAGCACUUGGAUAAACAGACCUUUUCACAAAAACCAUGCACUCCAGAAACAAAAGAAAAAGAAACAAUUAUUCAGGUGUCUGUCAGCUCACGGAAAGAUGGCAAACAUGCCAGUAAAAAUGUGCCAGAUCCCCCUUCUUUUGUUUCAGGUUCUUUGAGAAAAAUGAACAAUGAACAUGUUCAGGUCGAAAAGCCUGUGACUGUUGAGCAUGGGUUGGUAUCCACCCUUCAAGUGAGCACCAUCACUGCUGACACCAAACCCAAAUCCUUUGCUCUUGGCCCAGGACCAACAGGCCCAGAGAUUUCUAAGCAAAUGCAAAGGCAAGAACCAGCAGGCUUUGGGGAAUCUGCUGAUCAAAAGCUGCUUCACCUCACUGAGAAACAAACCGUGUCUCCAAAGUUUUCCACUGUGAAAGACUGUCUCAUGCUGAGCAAACAGGCAGACAGAAGCCCUAGUAAUCAGACGUCUCCGGAUAAAAGACCCGAAGGAAAAACAUGCACUGAUGCACUUUAUGUUCAACAUGACAGUGGGAAAGUAGAGCCUACCCUUUGCCUCACAAACAGCGAUGCCAGGGCAAAAGGAGCAGAAAAAUCAACCGCAAGUAGCAAAUGCUCUCAAGAUUCAAAAGGGAAAGGACAAGUUAAUCAAAAACAGCCAGAGGAUGCAAACAAACAGGCUGCAAUAAAACAUUUGUCAGGUGCCAGUGGGCAAAGUUCUUGUCAUGUGGCUGCAAUGCCAGGAAAACCACUGACUAGUUCAGCCAAUUUCUCUGAAUGUAGACAAGAAGCAUUUGUUUUGUCUUCAGAGAAGAGUGAUGCAUCUUCAGCAAAGGUUAAAGCAGCUUCACCUGAGCUUCCUGCAGCCAGCUGCAAGGAACUAAGUAAGAAAAGCACCUCUUCCACAGGGUAUGGUAAGGCAGAAAUGACUAAAAGUGUGUCACUGGUGACCUUGCACAGUGCUGCUGUUGUAGUAGAAGCCCACCACUCUACUUCAAACACUGGGGGGAAACCUGGAAAUCAAGAAAAGUCUUUUGUUAACACUGUGGAUGUAAAGGGAAAAGAUGCUGUUCAGGCUCAGCAGUCUGCUUCAAGAAAACAGAAUGUAGGUAAAGAUUUAUCUAGGUCAGCAACCACACCUGACCGCCAAAAUGCACUUUCUAAUGACAAAGACUCAGCUCGGCAGCGGCGAGGAAAGGAAGCUUUGCGGAGCAGUCCUCACAAAAAAAACUGUUGACUGUACUACCUGCAGAUAUGACUUCAAAACUAGCUGAAACAAAGACAAUAUAUUUUGACCAUCUUCAAACCAGCACUGUGUAGUGUCUUUGUGUGGCAAAGCUUUCAUGUCACUGACAAAAAAGAAUGGGGAUAUAUAGAAAGGACUUUUUUUUCAAAAUGCCUUCCCAAUGUUAACCGGUAAAACUGUUACCAUAUAGUAUUUGUACAAAAAUAGAUAUACAGCUGAAAGCUGUUGAAGAAAUGAUUUCCUCUGUAAAUACUUGGUGAUGUGUUUGGGGUUUGAAUGUAGCAUAUAUACUUUGCUGCUGAUUGCAUUGUUUACUCUUCCCUUUUUUAAAGAUAGUUGCUUUGCUACUUAUUUGCCAUACUCAAAUACGAAACUGAAUUACUAAAACUCACAAGUGGCGUGGACGUGCACAAGUAUUGGUCUAACCUGGAGGAUAAAAACAUGCCACAUUUUUACUUACUAAAAAUCCUAGCUAGAGGUAAAAAUACAAGAAAAGAAUAAA